AAAGCGCGAAACUUUUGAUUAGGAAAUUCUGCAUCAUACUGCUUCGUUUCAUCCAGAGAGUCCUUCGACACUAGGGUUCAAAUCGCCUUGGCGGCCUGUCGCGGCGGCAGUAGCGGCGAUGGCAAUGGAAGACGUUAGGGCUAGCACGGCGUGGGUCGCCGCUCAUUCCUCUCACGUAGCCGUCGAUUCCGCCGGACUGGAGAAAGUCGCAGAGGCAAUGAAAAAUGCAAUUCCCAAAGUUGAAUGGGACUUUGAAGGCAUUCAUUUCUUCGACAAUGGCCCGCUUACUGUCCAGUAUCUUCUCGUUUUGGAUGCGCUGAAUUUCUGUUUCUGGCCAGAUAAGGAUUUAAGUUAUGACCAUCUGGCAUCUGGUUUGAAGGAAGCUCUUGAAAAUGACCAAUCAGCAUUGGAUGCAGACCGUUUGAAGAUGUAUACAGGUAUCGAAUUGUUUUAUAGCACAUUAUUCUUUGACAAUCAAUGCCCCCUCCCCGGCCCCAAGUAAGAGACGAAGAAAUUUAUUUUUGAGGCUGGGGUUCAAGAAUUCAAGUGAAUGAAACAAUAAGCAAACUAAGCCACUUAGGAAAUAUUAUAAAGCAUGGAAUGUCAUGAUGCCAUCAUAGUAGAAUUGGGAUUUGCUGUAUUGCCAUAGUACUAGUUUUGAUUUGUGACCCUAGUGCUUCAAGGUCAACACGGUCUUGGUAGGGAGAUCUAUCUUCAGCUAACAUCAACGCACCUGACACUGUUUUUAGGUCCUCAAUUACGGAAAAUGUUGAAAUGGACCAAGCCCCUACCAUUGGAAGAUGAACGAGUCCGCCUAUUGCAUGAGGUUGGGACAGAGCUCGAGAGAAGUUUUGAUGGGAAGGCAUCCAAUCUGGUGGAGUCUUGUGGAAAAUCUGCUACAACGCUUGUUGGACUAAUCGCAAGCCACUUUCCUGGUUUCCGUGAUCACACGGUUUACAAAGGCCGCCAGACUUUCUUGUAUAAAAGAGCUCAAAUAUUCGUGGCAGAUUUAUGGGGAUCUUUUAAAGGUCAACGAUAUGGAGAGUUUAGUGACAUUAGGUCAAUAACUAUUUUUGCUGAUUAUAUUGUCCCGGCUGUGCUUCAUAAACUCGGAGUGCUGAAAUAUAGUUCGGCUCUGGCCGAAAUAAUUGAGACCAACCGUGAAAUUGGUUCAGGCAGUGAGGAAGAGGUAGAAUUGAGAGCAUGCUCAGUAUAUGCAGUUGAGAAAUUGAGGGAGUUGAUUAGUAAAAAGUCUGGACUGGAGGUACUAAGUGUGGAACUGGAUCUGUGGUUAUGGGCUUUUGGCAUCCGAUGCACCUCUCUUCAACACCACCGGACACUCUCCAUAUAUUACUGAGCAAUGGAAUUAUAU